AAUCCUAUAACAUAACGUCAUAAUUAAACAUGCAUAAUCACAAUACUUGACAAAAAGUUCAACUGAUUUAUAUAAAAUCAAUGUAUUCUUAAGAAAAAAUAACCAAAUGAUAGAGUGGAAGUAAUACUAAUCUUGUUAUUUUCAAUUUUGUUAUAUUCUUUCUUAUGUACAAAUUAUGUGUUAUUUGUUAUUGUUAAUUAUUUGUAAAUUUAAUAAGUCAAACGUUAAAGAAAACUACUAAGUAAUGGUUAUUUAGAGUUGCAACUACAGUUGAUAUACUUUGCAUAUUAUGUAUUUACAUAUGAAUGAUAUUUUUCUUUUAAUUUUCAACUUUUGUUUAUAUGAAUAAUAAGAUUAAUCGAAUGAUUCAUUUAAUUGUAAUAAUUGAAGUUGAAAGAAACAGAUUUUAAUUAUGCCUAUAGUAUCAGUAACCAAUUUAAUUGAGGAAGACUUCGAUGAUCACAUUGUCGCACCGGCAACAAAGAUGAAGCAAUCUUCUUUAAAGUUUAUCAUAAUUCUGGUCAUCGGGAUGAUGUUAUUAGUCCUUGGCUCUAUUGCAGCUUCAUUUUGGUCUUCGAUUUUUAAUUGGUUUUUGUUACGAGAACUAACAUUGACGCCAACAUCAACUAUUUAUAAUCUUUGGAAGGAAACACCUAUACCGAUGCAUCUGAAAUUUUAUUUUUUUAAUUUGAGUAAUCCUGAUGUCUUUAAUCACCCUUUAAAGAAAAAGCCAAUGCUUGUAGAAAUGGGACCAUAUGUGUUUAGAGAAAUUGACUAUAAAAUAAAUCAAGUAUGGAACGACAAUGGAACUGUAACAUUUCAAAGGAGAAAAGUAUGGCAUUUUGAUGAAAAUUUAUCAAAAGGAAAGUUAACCGAUAAAGUAACUAAUUUCGAUCCGAUCGUAGUGACAAUGGGACAAUUAAUGAAAAGUGAACCUGUAAUAAUACGUGAAAUGGCUGAUAAAUUAAUUCAAAGCGUAAAUAAAGGUUUAACGAUGACGAAAACUGUAGGCGAAGUCCUGUUUGACGGUUAUAAGGAUGAAUUACUUGUUAUAGCAAAAAAAUUGAAUUUUACCAAUAUACCUUUCACCAAAUUUGGCUGGUUUUAUGAGAGAAAUAAUUCUGAUACUUUUGAUGGAACAUUCAAUAUGUUAACUGGAAAAGAUAAUAUAUAUGAAAUGGGAAUUGUCAAAGAGUGGAAUUUUCAGAAUAAAACAAAAUAUUACAAAGAUUCUUGUGGUGUGAUAGACGGUACAAAUGGUGACUUAUGGCCACCUUUGAUGGAUAAUAAAACCGUAUCUAUAUUUGUACCUGACAUUUGCACAUAUAUAACAUUGACAUAUCAAAAUCAAUUUUUGUAUCAAAGUAUAGAAGGUAGUAAAUUUAUUUCCGAUGAAACUAUGUUAGAUAAUGGUAGUAUUGUAAAGUCACGAAAAUGUUUUUGUGCGAAUGAAACAAUAUGCGAGCCGUCUGGAGUAUUAGACGUUUCUAAAUGUAAGUACGGAGCACCUGCAUUUAUCAGUUUGCCACAUUUUUAUUUGGCGGAUAGUAGUUAUGGAAAAGCGGUAGAAGGACUGAAACCCUUAAGAGAAAAACACGAGACUUUUGUGAUCGUCGAACCGAAAUCUGGCGUCCCAUUAGAAGUGAAAGCGCAAUUGCAAUUAAAUCUUAUGGUGGAGCCGAUCGACGGAAUGAGUAUAUUUAAAUACGUACGAAAAACGUAUAUGCCUAUGCUGUGGUUUACGCAAGAAGCUAGUUUAACUUCUGAUUACGUUAGUCAAGUUAAAUUUUUAUUGGUAUUACCAAAAUUAGGACUAGUUACUUGUAUUGGUAUCAGCGUUAUAGGAAUCUUAAUAACUUCUAUUGGUAUAUUUGUUUAUAUUCGUCAAAGGUGGCAAACGGAAGAUAAUCAGAUAUUAUUAGUUAGAGAUGAUACAAAUCGUGUUGAUAGAACCAACGAAUGAUCAACAUUUUAAUUAUAUGUAGAGGUAAAAGAAAUAUUAAAGUUACGAUUCAGCUUUAUUUUAUAUGCGAAGAAGCAUAUUUUUACAGCUGACAGUGUAUUGUUUAUCAUAAUAGUUUCAUAUUUUUGCUUAUGAUUAAAACACCGGUUAACAAAUUUUUAUAUACUCGUCUAUAUAUGAUGUCUAGAAUAGGACAAACCAAGCAAAUCGUUAAUUACAAACUUUUAAAAUAAUUAAAUUUUUAGAAUAAUAAUGUGUGUGAAGUGCCUAUUAUUAAACUAUAAAAAGAUCUAUUUAAAAAAAAUGUACGAUUAUUAAGACUAUGCUGAUGCAACAUAAAGUGUUAGUUAGUUAGAGAUUUAUAAUGUUUUAUCUACUAGCAUGCAGAAAAGAAUCAUGAUUCAAAUGACACAUAUAAUAUAUAUAUAUAUAUAUACGUAUAUAUAUAUAUAUAUUAUAUAUAUAUAUACAUAUACGUAUAUAGAGGAUGUCUGAGAUUUUUUCGUACAAAUAUUGUGAGCGUAUUCUACGCAUAAAAUUAAUAAAAAUAUGUUAUAUAAAUAUAAAUCAUUUAAAGCUUUAUUCAAAAGCUACAAAUUGUAAGACUAUUUAAAUGUGCUGUUCAAAAUGUUGCCUGCCUAUGCGAAUACAAUUUUGAGACCGUUACAGAAUGCUGUUUAGUAUAUGGCGAAUUUUUUUAUCGAUUUCUAUUAAUUUCUGCAAGUGCAUCCACAAUUUGCUCUAUCAUAACAUCAAGUAUAGCUAUUUCAUAAUCAGUUGCAUAAGCUUCUUGUUUUAGUUUUCCUUAUUAAUAAAAAUCUGGUAGGACGAGGUCAGAUGACCUAAAUGGUCAAGCUAUUGUUCAGAGAAGAAUACGUUGAUUUACUCCACGAUGGUGAACAACAUACGCAGAAUCGCUAAACAUCAUUUACAGCACAACAGCACUACAUUUGGACAGUUUUACAAUUUAUGUUAGACCUUUCUGAAUGAAGUUUUAAAUGAUCUAUGUUAGUAGAACAUUUUUAAAUUAUUUUUUUGCGUAGAAUACGCUCACAACGUUUGUACGAGAAAACCUCAGACGCCCAAUGUAUAUCAGAGAUAAUACAGAGAUAUAAAAAUGAUCAAAAUUAAUAUAAAUACUAUUAUGAUGUUUAAGACAAACAUAACGAUAAUAAUAAUAAGAUCAUCUAUUUUGAAAUGUGUUACAAGUGCAGCACACUUUGGUGCUUAAGUCACCGUUAUAUCUGUGAUAAACAGCAAGUGUGCUAUUAAUAUUUACACGCAAUAAUUUAAUUGAACAUAUAAAAUAGCUGUAUUUUAUAGAAUAAUGUGGUUUCUUUUUAUUAAAAUUUCUAUCUAUUGAUUCCAUACUGUAACACGGAGUCUUUUAUUUUGCUGAGUAAUGGUCUUUGAUUGGAAUCGAUAUUAUAGAGCGUUGCGCUUAUGUUAAUUAUUUAAGUACAAAAUUUAUAUAUGAAAUUUAUCAAAUUUAAUAAAAAAAGAAGAGGGUCAUGAAUUGAAUUAAAAAACAAUAUAAUAUAUAUAUUCACUAUUUAAGGAAUUAAAGGAAAUCACUAAUUAAAGGAAAUCAACGAAACACAAUAUAGAUAUUUAAAUGACUAUUACAUGUUAUAAUAAAUGAAUCAAGAGAACGAUUAAAAUUCAUCGGUAUUGUAAGAUACAAAUCAAAAAGGUAUCAUCGUAAAGUUAUAACAUAAAAUCGCGCAGCAAGCUAAUUAAUUUAAAUAUUUUCAUCCUAAAUUGCGAAUAACUAUAAUUAAAAAAUGAAACGAAUUAAAACUAAUAAAGAAUACUAGGCACUCGUAUACAGCAAAAUUAAAAAUAUAUACGCUAAAUAGAAUACAUUAUAUAUAAUCUAUAAAAUUGACAGAUUGUCAUUAUUAAUUUGACAUAGUGGUGAUAUUCAAUAAUAAUAUUUAAAAAAUUAUAAUUGUAAUUUAUUUAUUUCUAAUGACUGUAUAAUAUGACUGUAUAAUAUGUAAAGGAAUAUAAUAUUCUUUUCUCUUA